AUGUUUCCGCGUGAAAUUGACAGCGUUUUAAUGCUUUAUCGUUUUGAUGCGAAAGGUGAUUUAGUGGUUUAUGGACCUGACAAAGGAAAGCUUGUCUUAGAUCUACUCUAUGAUACUGGGCGCCUUCAUCUUCCUGAGUACUGCUGUUGGUUGACUUAUCGCUACAGAACAGAAACGCAGAGAGGAAAGGUAGGUGUAGCAUGCGAAAAAUGUCCUGAGAAAGGAAGAAAUUUCCUGAUCUGUAAGGUAAAAUAUGAGAAUCCAGAAAUCAGUCAAGACACUACACCGGCUCCAAAUUUUACAAGACUUCUUGCUCCUUGCGGAUUUAUUGGUAAAGGUUUUGUGUUGCUCCGUGAAAGAGAUAGAACACCAUACUGUUAUUUCCCUGUUUCGAGAGACCAAGAACACCAUAUGUAUCAGAAGGAAAACAUUACAAAACUGAUGAUGGCAUUUCCAGGGGUUUUCAGGACAAAAAUUUUUAAAGGUUAUGAUGACCACCUUAAAACAUGCCAGCAGUUUGGUGCAGAACUUUUCACAUUCGACAGCGAAAAUGAGCUAAUGGCUCUUACACGCGGUAAUUUUAGCACACUUGCACAAACCCAUAUUCUUACUGGUUUUCGGCUAAAUAGCAGUAGACAACUGAUUAUUCCAAAUGAUGUUGAUAUAAAGUUUGCAAAAAUUUAUUACGAUUUACAAUUACGAGGUUGUGAAGUGUAUGAAGAAUGUUGUUUUACUCUUGGCCGGACAUAUGUUCAACGUGCGGAAAAACGUGUGCCCGGUAAAGUACGAUGCAGUACGGUUACUUCCGAUACUGUGCUGUUGAAGUGCAAAGGCUUCACUCAGCUGUCGGCAAGAACUGAAAUGCGAUCUAAUUAUCCGAGGAUACCAAAAACACCUCCUCCAGAAACUUCAGAGCUACUACCAAAACCCGAUGAAACACAGCCAAAUAUUGAUACAAAUUAUCCUCAUAGCAACGUCCCUCUACCAGGACCCGCUUGGAAAACUGGAAGUGAACUUCUGAAGAAGGACGACAGCGGUACUGAUUAUUAUUUCGUGACGUUUUUGAUGUGCGUGAUUUGCUCCUUACUGUCAUUGAGCGGAGCUAUAUUCAUUAGGUUCCGUGAACAGAUAACUGAAAGACUGCGGUCACUCAGAAAGAAAGAACCUAUAGAGUACGAUAAAGUAGAUAAAGAGCAGCACUUAUAUUAUGAAGCUACUGAACAGAAAGACUUUCAAGACCGUUAUUCCACACCACCGGGUCGACGUCGGUCACUUGAUGCGCCCAAUUAUGCGUCACUUGAUGUGCCCAGUUAUGCGUCACUUGAUGUGCCCAGUUAUGCGUUAUUUGAUAAUCCCAAAUAUGGGAGAUUUGUUGAAGAAACCAGGGAGGCUAUUAGAAUUCAGAGACCACCCGAAAAAAGUAGGAGACCAGAAGGGGGUAUGACACCGGAUAGAGAUAUGAUAUCAGACAGAAGUAUGUCACCGGAUAGAGGUAUGAUAUCAGACAGAAGUAUGACACCGGAUAGAGGUAGGAUGCCAGACAGAAGUAUGACACCGGAAGCAGGUAGAAGACCAGAAAGAGGCAGAGGACCAGGUAGAGGCAAAGAACUGGAAAGAGGUAGAGGAUCGAAAAAAAUCAGGCAGCCAGAAAAUGAGCUGCAGGAAAUUUAUUACGAUAGUACGCGGUAA